UUCCAACGCGGCACUGAUUUCGACGGGCAGCUUAAUACGUCACGCCCUUAGCCCCGCCCACUUUAGCCUCCCUGUCCGAGCAACAUCACUUCAAGUCUCUUCAGCCGCCGCUUGCUCGGUCUUUAAUUUACCGGAGACCUUCCCCGCCCCCCGGAGUCGUCAUGACGGGAUUUCGGCUCAACGUGUCCCCUCUGAAGGAGCCCCUGGGCUUCGUCAAGCUGGUGGAGUGGCUGACGGCCAUAUUUGCCUUCGGAAGCUGCGGCGGCUUCGCGGGCAGGAACAUCGUGUCCAUCUUCUGCGGCGACGGCGGGAACGAAACGCUCAACGCCAACUUCCAGUACCCCUUCAGGCUGAGCCAGGUGCCGCUGGUGGAGGGAAACAGCAGCAUAUGUGACCAUCCUGUCAGCACCACACACCUGGUGGGAGACUCCUCCUCCUCGGCAGAGUUCUUUGUGGGCGUGGCCGUGGUCUGCUUCCUGUACUGCAUGGCGGCCCUCUUGCUGUACUUGGGCUACAUGCACGUGUACAAGAACUCGGACCUGGGACCCAUCCUGGACUUCGUGAUCACGGCGGCCGUGGUGUUCCUGUGGCUGGCGUCUUCGUCCGCCUGGGCCAAGGGGCUUCAGAACGUCAAACACGCCACGGACACGGCGGGCAUAGCCGACACCGUGGCGCUGUGCCAGGGGAACAACAUCACCUGCCAGGUCACAGAGUUCGCCAACCUGCGGACGCUCAACAUCUCAGUGGUGUUCGGCUACCUCAACAUGUUGGUGUGGGCCGGCAACGCUUGGUUCGUGUACAAGGAGACGCGCUGGCACUCGCAGAAGGUCGCCACCCAACCAGGACCCGGGAGGCAGCAGGUUCCGGCAGCCAUCUAAAUCACCAACAAACAAACCUCAUUUUAUAGGGGAUUUUACUUUUUUUUUUUAACCCAUUCUUCAAACAUUCAACAUUUUCCCCAAGAUGAACCAUUCUAUCAGAAUAUCCAAUUUUCACUUUUAAGAUAUUUUUUAUGUGAAGUUUCAGAAUAUCUUGUUUAGGGUACAAAUAAAUAACUCUAAGGUACGUUUUACUUUGUCAAAAAAGGGUUAAAUUUGAUCAUAAAACUACUUUUUUGCACACAUUAAUUAUUUAUAAUUAUAGUGCAUCAAUGAAGUAGCUUAUCUUUUCCUACUGAGUGUAUUUAUUUCCAUUUUGACAAAAAAAAUAUAUAUAUGCACUGCAGGAAAUGGCA